GCAGUGUGCGCGAAAGGCGGCGGGCGAGAGCCUCGAGGCCUGAGGGGACCCGAGGGCGUCCCGCCGCGCGCUUUUGCCAGUUGUGUCUCCGCUCCGGGCUGGUCCGCGCAGACAUGCACUGGCGGCAGCCGCGAGCGCACCGGGACCUUGCACCUGCGCGGGGGCUCUGAGCGCCACCGCCCCCAUGAGAGCGCCCUGGAGCCAGGGUGUGCAGCGCUGAGCCGCUGGGACCCCAGCCAUGCGGUGCUGGGUCUGGGCCGUGGCUGCGGCCCUCUUCUGGCCGCAGCUUGUGCUCUUUGGGUGUGUCUGGGCACGGCGGGAGCCCAAGAAGCCUAGGCAGCCCAGCCAGCACACGGAGACCCCCAAUGCCACCGCGUCCGACAAGGAGGGGCUGCUGAGUUCCCCCGAGCCACCUGAGGCCUUGGGGCCUGAGUUCUCAGAUGCCCACAUGACGUGGCUGAAUUUUAUCCGGCGGCCAGAUGAUGGAGCCUCAAAGAAACGAUGUCGGGGCCGAGACAAGAAGUUGCGAGGCCUUUCAGGUCCCCCGGGGCCUCCUGGGCCCCCAGGGCCCCCAGGGCCCCCUGGUGCAGAAGUCUCCCCAGAGGCCCUGCUUCAGGAGUUUCAGGAGAUGCUGAGAGAGGCUACUGAGCGUCGUUUCUCAGGGCUGCUGGAUCCACUGCUGCCCCAGGGAGUGGGCCAGCAACUGGUGGUUGAAGCCUUCCACUGCCGGCUGAAGGGCCCGGUGCCUGUGGACAAGAAGACACUGGUGGAACUGCAGGGCUUCCAGGCUCCCACUGCCCAAGGUGCCUUUCUACGAGGGUCUGGCCUGAGCCUGGCUUCAGGCCGAUUCACAGCCCCUGUGUCUGGCAUCUUCCAAUUCUCUGCCAGCCUGAAUGUGGACCACAGCGAGCUGCAGGGAAGGGCCCGGCUGCGGGCCCGGGAUGCAGUACGUGUGCUUAUCUGUAUCGAGUCCCUGUGCCAUCGCCACACGUCCUUGGAGGCCGUCUCAGGUCUGGAGAGCAACAGCAGGGUCUUCACAGUGCAGGUGCAGGGGCUGCUGCAGCUGCAGGCUGGACAGUAUGCUUCCGUGUUUGUGGAUAAUGGCUCCGGGGCGGUCCUCACCAUCCAGAGCGGCUCCAGCUUCUCCGGGCUGCUCCUGGGCAUGUGAGGGCCUGACAGUGGCCAGCGAGGAGCUGCCCACUUGCCUUGGAGGACAGCAUGCCUUUUUCCCCCAUUAAUACCUGUGGUUGCAGCAAUAA